UCGAAGCAGGAAAGAGUUUGGACUAUUGAGUCAAUUAGGAGUUUCAUUUGACGUUUAUUUUUCCCGCAAAGUUUGUACCACAAUGAGUGUACGGACAUAUAAUCCUUCAGUUCUUAUAGGGAACUGGAAUGAAGAUAUUUGCUUACAAGAGGAUAAGCUCAAAGAUUUCCUUGAGAAGAAAGAAAGUGGAGAAUUACUGAUACAAAAAGCUAGCAAUCUCCUCCAAAAUAUACUCAAGAAGGUCAACCUGUCAGUAUCCCAUGAUGGUUAUCUUCAUUAUGGUGACACAGUUUGUAUCUUCAAUCCAGCAUCAGAGACAGCACUUUCGGCAAAUAUGUCUGAAAGCAAAAUGCAUGAUGAAAAGAGACUUGUGGGGCCAUGUGAUGUGUCAGCUUCAAAGAUGACAGAUCCUUGCAUUCGAAAUACUUUCGUUAUAGGGCCAAGAGCGGAAGGUGAUGGAGUUUUAAGAUUUAAUGAGCCCUUUGCACUGAGUACCUUACCAGGAGUUGGGGGAGAGCUCAAAUUAAUGAGUGACAGAAUAACAUUUAAUGAAUGUGCCAAGAAGUCGAGGCAACAGCUGGUUACUCUUAAGGAAGAUAUGACUUUUAUGUCUUGCUGGAAAAUUCUUUGCCAUGACCCUCAGCAGCGUUUAGAGACAGAAGGAAUGCCUGUCCCGGCAAACACGAAAGUCAUUCUGAACCACGUGAAAACAAACCAGAACUUAGCCGCCUUGACGGAGUUUUCUUUCAGAACACCGUUUGGAAGAGAGUUUGAAGUGGCCGCCAAAACUGAAGUAGACUCUCACAAAGCAGAAAAACCGAGCAAUCACUGGGUGUUUAGAACAAGAGAAGUACAAGACGCCGCCCGAGAGCACGAGUUAGAAAGAGAACAAGAAUUUAAAGACUUACUUACAAGACAACAAGCUGCUGAGGCCGAGGUAGCCGCUGCCCCCCCUGCAGAUGAGGCACCUGGUGCCUCUCAGAAUAGUCAGCCAGGGGGAAGCAACCCUCCUGCUGAUGUGUAAUUUCAUAACUGUUCAUAAGUGCUUCUUAGUGUAUUCAAUGAAAGCAUGUGAUAUAACUUAUUGGACUGACUUAAAGAUUUAAAAUAAUUAAAAUUCCAUUAACGUAAACUUAAAAAUAUUGGCAGACUGUAUAGAUUCAUUCUCUAAACCUUUGUUAAUGCUUCGUUCACCCUACUCGAUGAAUUUUUAUUGAAUGAGAUUCGUACAAAGUAGUUGGAAAUGUUUUUUGUCUCGGUUUUUUUUUUCGUCGUUUCAGUUGAUCUAGUGACUAUGGUAGGUGAGAUUCAGGCUUAAUUCUUGCAGUUUGUAAACGUUCACUUUUUAUUGUAAUUGUUAUUUGCAUUUAAUUUUGAAGAACCAUCUCUUUUAAUUGAGCUCGUGUGAGUUAAUGAACGAGUUUCUUGUCUGCAAAGACGAAGUAAAUUCAGGAAAUUGUACACUUAAUGUAAAACAUGUUAACUAAAUCGCUUUAGAUUUUACAAAAAGAAUCUCGAUGAUUACGAAGUAUAUGUUACUCAUUUUGAAACUGUACAUAGAAUAUAUGGUCCACAGCUUUUGGCAACUAAACUAUCCUUUGAUUUA